AUGCAAGAGUUAUUACAAGAAAAUAACGACCUGCACAAGGAACUGGAGACGCAGGAUGUCGCCCUUCAGGAGUUGACGCAAAAGACAGAAAGUCUUGCCCGUCAUCUUGUGAAGUCCAUGCGAGAUCGAACUCAACUCCAAUCUCGUGUGGAGGAACUAGAGGCGUCUCUUGCACGCGCAAACUCCAAGGCUCAAAACUUGCAAAAAGCUGCAGGAGAAGAGAAUAAGGCGUCUUGUGCCGUAGAUAGGUGGCAUGCGGCUGUGCAUGCCAAGGAGCGUGAACUGCGUAUUUGCGAAGAGGAACUCUGUCGUCUGCGUGGCAUUGUUGAACAGCGUGUAAUGCGGUCUGGAAAUGCAUUGUCGCAUCAUGAAGCUGACAUGGGCCUCGCACAGGUAAGGAGCGACAUUGAAGACCUUCUUGUUGAACUCGCUUACACCCAUGUUCUUCGGCGUGAGGCUGAAGCACAUGCGGAACGCGUUUCAGAAGAGCUGGAGGUGGCGCAGUCACAUAUACAACUUCUUGAUAACCGUCUGGCAGAGGCGGAGAGGAUGGUGGCGUCUCAGCGGUUGCAGGAGAUGCGGGAACGUCUUAUGCCCGGCACUGAUGUGUCACAGGCUGCGUCUUUAUUGUCGAUAUCGCCGCCUUUUUCGAUGCCGUCAACAGGAUGCGUUGAAUCCUGGUCCAUUGAGGCUCGACGUGAGUUUGCCCGUCUAGCAGCUUAUGCAGAGGGUCUAGUGGCACAACAUGCUGAAAGUGACCGUUACGCCGAGCUUCGAUUAUCGCACGUACGGCGGGAGAAUGAGGAACUGCUUGAGCGGUGUCGGGCAUAUGAGUCAGGGGUGAAGAAGUUGGAGGAUGAGACAGAGGUGCUUCGACGAGAACGGAUGAUGUGGAAGUUGGGCGAACGACGGUGGCAUCAACAGCUUCUGGAUGUGCAGGAGGAUGCGGCGCUUGUGACGGAUUUGUUGCAAACCGCUGUCACGAAUACAGAGAAGGUGCUGCAAUCCCUGGCGGCACCGAAUGUAGACCCGCAAGUGAAGACGGAGAUGGAGAUGUUUGCGAAGGGUGUGAUGCACGACUGGGAUACCGUGCGACGUUUUACUACCGCACUACAACGUAUGGAACUUUGUGGCUCACAGCUGCUGCGGCAGAAAGAGGCAGAUAAACCUCCGCCUUCUUCAGCUACCAGAACACGAAGAGAGUUUGUUUUGCAGGCGGUUGAGGCCGCAUUGGCGCAGAAGGUGCCAUCGAGUUUGACCUCACCACAGCCGCAGCCACAAACAGAGGAUCGGUGGUGUCCAGCGCCUGUUCCGAGUUUAUUGCCGGGGUCCUUUGUACUGCCUGGUGCGCCCGUCACGCGGAGCAUGACGACGGUUGAUGGUGAUAAAAACUUGAAAGGGGAAAUGCGGGCUAUCCACUGGCCCUUGCAUAUCGCUCACGUGGAGUCGCAGUCACUUUCUUCGCUGCGUCCACCAUCCACUGAAGACGCGUCCGUUGUCACUCACGAUGCCAUGCACCAGAAUGAACAGCAACAUGAGAUAGCUGUACCAAAGCCGAGAGCACGGCGGAUCCCUCCUCCCGUUGAGAGUCCACGCAGGCUUCUGUCGCAGCCUUCAAAAGCUCAAAAGGCCCCUUCCUUUUCUCAAGGGUAUGGUCAUGGGAAACUCAGGACGUCACCUGUAAAAAUAGAGUUGUCUCAGCCCCAGUCACGCGGAGAAGAAAAACCCGUGUCCUCCACCUCAGCAAGGCAGGAAGUGAGCUUCAAUGAGCUGUCAGCUGCUGGGGGGAGUGAAGAUAUAUUGUUCCAUAUAGAGACGCCAGCUGAUCCAUCACGUGGCAACAAGCGAAAUGACCCCCUUGUGUCUGAGGGCAUCAGCGAAGCAAAAGUUAUAGAAAACACAAGGACUGAUGGGGGUUCUGUUACGCGUUCACUCCACUUGUCACCAAGCUGUGAGGCGGCAACGCCGACAAAUUGUGGUGAAGACCUCGAAGAAGUGGUGGAGCCCUUUGAGCGUGAGGAUGAUACAGUUCUACGCAGCGUCACACCAACGAUGCCGGUCGUGCCUGCGGUCGCCGUUACCAUCAUCACACCUGCCACGGAUGCAGAUGAGAAAGAUGAGGGAAAAGAUACCGGUGGUGGACCGCUGCGCCCACGACCAGAAUGGGGGCAGCGUCUGCAAGCAAAUGAGGUGAGUCCAGCGACAGAGCAGACGCCCAAACCCCCGAAUAUCAUGGGCAGUAGCGAUGUUCCGACGAGUUUGGUCCCCGGUGUGAUCGUCAAGGCCGUGAAGAGACCCAACAGGAUGAACCAGAUAAGCAGAAAAACGUGGGAGGCGGAUGUUGAUGAUGCCAGCAACGAACCGCGGUUGCACGUCGUGCCCCUUCGAAGCCGUGAGCAAAAAAAAACGGUUGUUCAGCUUGAGCAGCCAAAGCCCUCUUCACCUAUUGUCAAACCGGAACAGGAAACAGAGUUGAAUCAACCAAACCGAAAUGACAAAAAGAACGAAAGUUGUGCCACCCGUUCCACGCAAAGUGCAACAGUGGCGGUGGCCUUGCUAGAUUCUCCCAAGUGUAUGGAGAAAGGCGUGGAAGACGUACCCGCACUUCCACCAGCAUCGCGUGGCAUGCGACAAAGGCACAGUUUUUCACCUUCACUACAGGAGCCAAGGCGGAUUGUUGGCAGUGCCCCUGUCGCCCUUACCUCACCGGAGGAAAUGGAACCGGUGGCACAGCCGUCUGCCACUGAAGCUUCUGUGACCGUUCCACAAGAAAGUGCAGAAGAAGUUGUACUGAUAGCGGGGGAAGCCUCCAAUUCAGGGAGAGGGCGCCGAUCAUCGGUGGUGGCGGACUUUCCGUCACUUUGCCAUUCAACACAUGGCCCUGGGGGGCGAAGGCAACUGGGCGGAGAGAAGACCUGA